AUGGCAACCGACUCUCAAAAUGGCGUUUCGCGCGUUGAUCACCAUCCAGAUUAUUAUCUUCCAGACGGCACCAUUACCUUCAUCGUAGAAAAUACUUUCUUUUGCGUUCAUAGGUCCUUCUUUGAGCGCGAAUCUCAGUUUUUCAUUCAGGAAUUUGCAAACGCUCCCCAGGGUGGAAUAUCUGAUGACAGUGCGUUUCGGCUUGAGGAAGUGACAAGUGCCGAUUUUGCGAAACUCCUCUGGGUCUGGUACAGUCCGAAGUAUAGACUGGACAAUAAACGGCCAGACCACUGGCUCGUGAUACUCGAUCUCUCCACGAGGUGGCAAUUUCUAGAGAUGAGGGAGCUGGCUAUCGAACAACUCCAGAAUCUCGAAAUUGACCCCGUGGAAAAGAUCGCCAUUUUUAACAAGUACGAGAUCGAUAAAUCGCUACUUUUGCCAGAAUACAUGCACCUUUGCACGCGGGAGGGUCAGAUGUCGAUCGAGGAGGGUGAGAAGGUCGGGUUACUCACUGUCCUCGGUAUACAUCAGGCUCGCGAGCGUGCGAUGAAGAGUGCAAGGCCAAGAGAGGGUCACAGCCUAACUCCUGCUGAUGCAAGUGACGAGGACCUGGAACAGAUAUUGAAAGAUAUCUUCAAUCUUGACGCAAAUGCUACUGCCGGAUCACGACGUGGCGCAUAUAAUCAGGUGCCCUCGGGAGGCACUAGCGGCCAGAGCGCGCAGUCGCAGGGGCAAUCAAACUCACUCACUAUCAUCAAUACGCCGCCCGAUGCAAGCAGAACGGGCAGGUUGUCUGGGCCAGGUUCGGUAAGUCGGAACUUCUACCAAAGAGCGUGUCAUUUGGCUAACUAA